AAUGCCGGCAAGGAAGCACGUACUGGUACUGUGCUAUCCGACAUUCGGCCACUACAUCCCCAUGCUGGAGUUCGCCGAGCGCGUCGUCCCCUUCCACGAUGUGACGCUGGUCGUGUCGGCCACCCGCGAUCAGGAGAUCCUCCAGCGCCACCUUUCUCCACCCGAUCCCAUUCGCCUGCACUUCCUAGACGACCAACUCAGCAUCAACCUGGACGAGAACUUCACGGAGAUGAAGCAGCUGAUCCAAAUCAUUAAAGAACAAGCACCACAUUACGCCAGAUUCGUGGCCAGUUUAAACCAAGCCAGUUCAGCGUUGCCACACGUAGACGCGGUAUUCUGUGAUAUCUUCCAGCAUGCGCCAUGCCAACCGUGUCAUGAUAAGGGCAUUCCGUUGUACAUCGUCAGUACAUAUCCAGCGGAACUGAUUUGCGGGAUGAUGAGGAUCGAGAAAGACACGCCCACGAUCCCGGAUGAGACCUUCUUCUCCAGUCAAGAUGUUGGUGAAGAGAAAGAGAUGGGAAGCUUUGCGCAAAAGAGCGGUAAAGUGGUGGAACUGAAUCAGAAAGAAGCGGUGAAGUGCGCUAAAGGAAUUCUCUUCAAUUCGUUCGAAAAGAUCGAGCCGACAGCGAUGCAGGAACUCCAGAAAAUUCCCGAAUUACAAGACAAGAGUUUAAUGUUUGUGGGACCGCUGAUUCGCACACAGCGGAAUUUACACCAUGAGAUUGAGAGCGGAUUCCCGGCAAAGGUCAUGCAGUGGAUGAACCGGCAAAAGGAGCAAAGCGUUGUUUACUGCUCGUUUGGCUCGAUUGCUGUGGCCUCAAAAGAACAGCUAAUCGAAAUCGGCAAUGCGUUACUUGAGACUCAACGGCCGUUUAUCUGGGCGCUGCGACCGUUCCAGCAGGAACACUUACCGGAUACUUUCCAAAGGACAAAUUAUGAUGAUAAUGUCAGCUUAAGCGCGAAAUAUUUGAUCGUUCCUUGGGCGUCACAGAAAUCGCUGUUGGCACACAGGGCUAUCGCGCUUUUUAUCAGUCACUGCGGCUGGAAUAGUACGCUGGAGGCGGUGCAUUGCGGGGUGCCGCUAAUUGCCUGGCCUAUGUUCGGCGAUCAGCAUUUUAAUGCCAAACUGGUCGAGCAGGUGGGGAUUGGUGUGGCGAUUCCGGCAACGGGGAUGAUGAAUGCGCGGCUGGUUCCGGCGCAAGAAAUCAGCGAAACCGUGGAGCGGGUCAUUGGGAAAACAGCAGAUGCCGGAGACAGGUCGGGGUUUAGGAAGAAAGUGAGCACUUUGGCUGCUCAGGCCCAGCAUGCUCUUUCGGAGGAAGGCACAUCGACGCGCAAUUUGGCGGAACUGUUGAAGAAUUUGUAAGCGAUGCGCAGUCGCCAGUGCCACUGUUGACUCUUGAAGUAUUAUUCUGUUUUGUUGACCAUCAGUUAAAUUUCUCCGAGGUGCGUUUUUGUUGCCCGUA